AUGUCUGAAACCAUAUACCUCAUCACCGGAGCCAACAGAGGAAUCGGCAAAGGUCUCCUCGAAACUCUCGCCGCCCGUCCAAACACCACCGUCAUCGCCGCCGUGCGUGACGUGUCCUCCGCCCUCACAACUUUCAAAAGUGUCCCCCUCGCCACCAACAGCAAAAUCAUCACCAUCAAAAUCGACUCGACCUCCGAAACCGACCCCGCAACCGCCGUCUCCGAAUUAGCUACCACCCACCAUAUCACCAAACUCGACGUUCUCAUCUCCAACGCCGGACUCCUCGAAUCCGACGCCAUCGUUCCCGUGCUUGAAUCCUCGCCUGAUGCCGUACGUCGUCACUUCGAGGUUAACACCAUUGCGCCCUUUUUACUAUUCAAGGCAUUUCAUCCUUUGCUCUUAGAAUCGUCCCACCCACGUUUCUUCACCCUUACUUCUAUCCUGGGCUCGAUUGGCUCGAUGGAAAAUUACAACGCCCCGUUUUUCUCAUACGGCGUGAGUAAAUCGGCGGCUAACUUUCUGGUGCGCAAAAUCGCGUGCGAGGUGCCGGAAAUUAUUACAGUGGCGUUUAAUCCGGGGUGGGUGAAGACGGAUAUGGGGAAUGAUGCGGCGAGGGUUGUGGGUAUGGUGGAGGCGCCGGUGGAGUUUGGGGAUUCGAUUAGGGAUUUGUUGAAGUUGUUUGAUGGGGCGACUAAGGGACAGUCGGGGACUUUCUUGGAGGCGGCGACGGGGGCGGUUAUUCCUUGGUAG